GAAACUUGAGCUAUAAAUUCGGAGGGAAUAUACACUGCAUGACCGUUUUCCCUCCAUCCAUCUCUUCUUCCUCCGGAUCGAGAAAAAUCUCCGAUCCAUUCUUCUCUCACCUUCACCGAGAAUCCCCAGAUCGUGAUUCGCAAAGAUCAAGGUUUGUUGAUCUAUUGAGGAUGGUGAAGAUGAAAAGACCUUUGAGGUUAUUCAUAGAGGUAUCGAUGAAGGAGUUAAUUAGGGGUUUCAGGAGGCAAAGGAUCAGAUGGAGAAAAGCGUUUCUUGUCGGUUCUAUAAUGACCACCAUUGUUGUUCUGCUUCACACACCCACGUUUCCCAUCUUCUCCGAUGAAGAAACCGACUCUGAUUCUUCGCCUUUUUACUUGAACGGUUCUCUUCAUUUGAACAUCCAAAUUGUUAGUGAAGCAAAGGCUGAAAGCUUUCCGUUAGUGGAAUUGAAUUCUUCUUCUGAGUUCCGUAGUGGAAGAAAACCUAGACAUGCUCUUUCACUGCAACCAAAAGAAGCUUUAGCUUAUGCAAAAAUGGAGAUGCAGAAAGCCCCGGAAGUCGUGAAUGACACGGAUCUCUUUGCUCCGGUGUUUCGCAAUCUCUCUGUUUUCAAAAGGAGUUAUGAGCUUAUGGAACUAAUACUGAAGGUCUACAUAUAUCCUGACGGAGAAAAACCGAUAUUCCAUCAACCGCAUUUAAACGGUAUAUACGCUUCAGAAGGUUGGUUCAUGAAGCUAAUGGAGUCAAACACACAGUUCGUCACAAAGAACCCCGAGAAGGCUCACUUGUUCUACAUGCCAUACAUGAACGAGCAUCCUGAGCUAAGAAGAAACACUAUUAAAGCUCUCUGCAACGCAGACUUAUCAGACGGAAUCUUUGUUCCUGGAAAAGACGUUUCUCUCCCGGAAACUUCCAUAAGAAACGCAGGGAGACCACUCCGAUACAUCGGAAACGGAAACAGAGUUUCUCAGCGUCCGAUUCUAGCUUUCUUCGCCGGAAACCUCCACGGUCGUGUCCGUCCACAGCUUCUGAAACACUGGAGAAACAAAGACGAAGACAUGAAGAUAUACGGUCCUCUUCCACACAACGUAGCUCGGAAAAUGACUUACGUGCAACACAUGAAAUCGAGCAAAUACUGUCUUUGUCCAAUGGGUUACGAAGUGAACAGUCCAAGGAUCGUCGAGGCUAUAUACUACGAGUGCGUCCCCGUUGUGAUCGCUGAUAACUUCGUUUUGCCGUUCAGCGAAAUUCUUGACUGGUCUGCGUUCUCUGUGGUUGUGGCGGAGAAGGAGAUUCCACGGCUGAAGGAGAUACUGUUGGAGAUUCCGAUGAGAAGGUAUCUGAAGAUGCAGAUGAAUGUGAAGAUGGUUCAGAGACAUUUCUUGUGGAGCACUAAACCUAGAAGGUACGAUGUGUUUCAUAUGAUACUUCACUCCAUUUGGUUUAACCUUUUGAAUCAGAACCAAACUUCUUCUUCCGAUCAUGAUUCCGAUUCC